UAUUACAUACCUAUACCUAUAUAACACGUAAUAUCGAUAAAUCGUACGGAGGACCUAUCGUCCUGUAAAAAAGAGAAAAAUAAGGAUAAAAACAAGAAAAACUGAAGAGUUCAGCCAUGAAGAGCGGUCGUCCGUCACUCUUCGUCCUUGUCGCGAUCCUCGGUCUGACCUCAGCGAGGAUCUACGACCGUUGCGACCUUGCCCGCGAAUUGAGGGGUAGGCCGGACGUGGCUAAGGAGCAUGUUCCCACGUGGGUUUGCAUCGCUUUUCACGAAUCGAGAUUCGACACAUCGGCGAUCGGUCGUGCCAACGGCGACCGGUCCUGGGAUCACGGUUUGUUUCAACUCAACGACCGCUACUGGUGCGGAAGAGACGCUCCGGGAGGCGUCUGCCGAAUACCGUGCUCAGCACUGAGGGAUCAGAAUAUAAGCGACGAUUUACGAUGCGCCAAGGCCGUAUUCGAUGAACACCGGAGGAUAUCCGGAGACGGUUUCAACGCAUGGACUACCUACGGAAACUGCAAGGGAUACGGUGCCCGAAAAUUCGUCGAGGGCUGCUUUUGACGAAUAUUAUAUAUUACAAGCGAACGGAAAGUA